GUGUUCUCCAGCGAGGGGCAGUUCCGGCUGCGGUUUGGGGUCCGUGGGCGCUCCCCGGGGCAGCUGCAGCGCCCCACGGGGGUCACUGUGGACACUAACGGCGACAUCAUCAUCGCCGACUACGACAACCGCUGGGUCAGCGUCUUCUCGCCCGAGGGCAAGUUCAAGAGCAAGAUCGGCGCCGGGCGGCUGCUGGGCCCCAAGGGCGUGGCCGUGGACCGCAAUGGCCACAUCGUGGUGGUUGACAACAAAGCCUGCAGCGUCCUCACCUUCCAGCCCAGCGGCAAACUGCUCACCAAGUUCGGCACCCGCGGCACGGCCGACAAGCAGUUCGCAGGGCCUCACUUCGUGGCUGUCAACAACAAGAAUGAGAUUGUGGUCACCGACUUCCACAACCACUCCGUCAAGGUGUACAGCGCGGAUGGGGAGUUCCUGUUCAAGUUCGGGUCGCACGGGGAGGGCAAUGGGCAGUUCAAUGCCCCCACCGGGGUGGCAGUGGAUGCCAACGGCAACAUCAUCGUGGCAGACUGGGGCAACAGCCGCAUCCAGGUGUUCGACAGCUCUGGCUCCUUCCUGUCCUACAUCAACACCACUGCAGAUCCUCUCUAUGGCCCCCAGGGGCUGGCACUGGCCCCCGACGGCCACGUCCUGGUGGCUGACUCUGGGAACCACUGCUUCAAGGCAUACAGAUACCUGCAGUAGCCUUGGGGACAUGGGCACAGCCCUGGGCACAACCCUGGGGACAUGGGGACGCAGCCUCUGCUUCAAGGCCUACAGAUACCUGCAGUGGCCUUAGGGACAGCCCUGGGGACCCCUGGGACAGCCUUGGGGACAUCGACUCAGCAACUGCUUCGAGACCUCCUGCUACCCACAGCAGCCAGCAC